UAUUGUUUUAUUUUGACAUUUCGCCUCAUGAUUUGACUCUAUUUUGUCAAAAAAUUAAAUCCCCGUACGUCUAAAAUAACCGCUGAGUGCCUUAUACGCAAUUUAUCCUCCUAAACAAAUCGAUUAGCUCCGCUGAACCCAAAUUAAACUAAAUUUCAACGGAAAUCUUCACUUAGAAUUUCGCAUAGUCACGUUCAAGAGAAAAAAAAGAUUUAACGGUAAAAUUAUGAGCGAAGAAAAAGCUAAACGCUCCGGACGAAUUCCGGUACGUGUAAAACCAGGAACGUUAAAAAAUCAAACAGUUUCAACCGGAACUAAACCCGGAAAAGAAAAAUGGUUGCAAAAAAGCAAAAAACCUUCCAGAAUUCCAGUUUUGGUAAAAACGCGCCGAAAAAAAAGCAAACACAAAGUUGAUAAAAAGAAAUCGUUCACGAAAAUUAAGAAAUCACAAAGGUGUGAGGCAGAUGAAGAUGCUCAAAUCAACAGAAAAUAUUCACCACCGUCACAAUCUCAAAUUAGUAAAAAACCAAAACCAAAAUACGAAGAAACUGCUGAAAAAAUUCACUUGCACGAAUGUGGAGAUUUUGAAGAUAAGAGUCGCAAAUCCAGUGUUUCUGCCGUGGAGAAAUCAAUUAUUAUAGUUCGAGAAAAAGGUGAAGAAAUCCCCGAACAAGAAAUUUUCGUUGACGAAGAAAUGGAAGACACAUCAAGUUCAAGUAUCCUAUCUUUAAAAAACGAAGAAAUCGUAUUCAUUAGUCACAUCCGGGAAACAAAAAGCUACGAAUUUGGGACUAUUUACGACGGUCAAAUUGACUCACUCGACGAUUUUGAUUUAAUGCCUCUCCAGCCCGAGUAUGAUUUCGAAGAAGAGAAAACUCACUCUGCUUCUGAAAUUCAAAAUGAAGAUUACUUCCACAUUAACGAAUAUCUUCAACCCAGGUUUCCCUUCAUAGUUAUGACCCAAUACGAAACCAAAACUCCUCAAUACGAAGGAGCCUUGACAAAACUCGAAUCCGAAGAAGAAGAAUACGAAUUUGAACCACAAUUCGAAGACAGUGAUACCAGUGUCACCAUCCAACGGUACAUUGACUCAGGUUUACGGCCUUUAAAGCCGGAUGAGUCUCGUCUAUAUCUUGAUCCAAUUCAUUAUCAAAGAAAGAAGAAAGUUCCCAGGAGCUACGAUGAUGGAGUCCAACCGCUCCUCCAAGACAUUCCUUCUGACAUAUUCAAAACACCCAAAAUCCCCAAAAAAAAGAGUUUACCGAAAGUAGUACCGGAACCAGAAGUUUUGAGUCAAGAAGAACAAGAACCAAGUGAAGAAAGUCUUGAAAUACCUCAACCUCCUGAGAGUAUAGACACAGAACCGUUAAAAAAGUUGCAAGAACUUGAAGACACGACUUUCACGAUAGAAACUGAGAAAGAAGAAGAAGAAGAGCCUGAGGUUUUAGAAAAAGAAGAAGAGCCUGAAGUUUUGGAAAAAGAAGAAGAGCCUGAAGAAGAAACUGAAGUUUUAGAGAAAGAAGAAGAGCCUGAAGUUUUAGAAAAAGAAGAGGAACCUGAAGAGCCUGAAGUUUUGGAAAAAGAAGAAGAGCCUGAAGUUUUGGAAAAAGAAGAAGAGCCUGAAGAAGAACCUGAAGUUUUAGAGAAAGAAGAAGAGCCUGAAAAAGAAGAAGAGCCUGAAGUUUUAGAAAAAGAAGAGGAACCUGAAGAAAAAAUUGAAGAAGAAGAGCCUGAAGUUUUGGAAAAAGAAGAAAAGCCUGAAGUUUUGGAAAAAGAGGAAGAGCCUGAAGAAGAGCCUGAAGAAGAACCUGAAGUUUUAGAGAAAGAAGAAGAGCCUGAAGUUUUAGAAAAAGAAGAGGAACCGGAAGAAAAAAUUGAAGAAGAAGAGCCUGAAGUUUUGGAAAAAGAAGAAGAGCCUGAAAUUUUGGAAAAAGAAGAAGAGCUUGAAGAAGAGCCUGAAGAAGAGCCUGAAGAAGAGCCUGAAGAAGAACCUAAAGUUUUAGAGAAAGAAGAAGAGCCUGAAGUUUUAGAAAAAGAAGAGGAACCUGAAAUUUUGGAAACGGAAGAAGAGCCUAAAAUCUUGGAGAAGGAAGAAGAACAGCCUGAAGAUCUGGAUCACGAAGAAGAAGAGUUAGAAGAAAAGAGUGAAGAUUUGGAGGAACCAGAGAGGGAGAUUGAAAAACCGAUUGAAUAUAAGCCUGAAGAUUUGAAGAAAAGAAAACAAGAGGAAUUUUGUAUACAUACAAGAGAGGUGCCUUACGAAGACGAUUUCGAAGAUUUUUCCUCCACUAGCUCCAUAACAGAAGAAAUAACAGAGACGAGUGAGAGAAAACAACGCACUAUCUUCAAACUGAUAAGAAAAGACGAGUUUUGUGUCCACACCUACGAACCUGUGGCGAAUGAUACUUUCUCAAGUGUCAGUCUAGUCGAAGAAGAAGUCCCCAAAUUUCAAAUCAAAACUUCCCCAUCUGGGACUUUGUCGGGAGGUGAUCAAGAAGUCCAAAUCAAGUCUUCACCAACCGAGAGUUUGGAAGAAGAAACCGAGAAAUCUCAAAUUCGGACUUCCGAAAGUUUAACAGAAGAGAGAAUUUCUCCACCCGGAAGUUUGGCAGAAGAAGACCAAAGAGGAAAAAUUCGAACUUUCCUUUCCAGAAGUGCAACAGAAGAAGACCAGGGAAGUAAAAUUCGCAUUUCCCAUUCCGGUAGUUUAACAGAAGAAAAACCAAAAGUCCAAACUAAAACUUCCCCACUUGGCAGUUUGGCAGAAGAAGGUGAAAGUCGAACUUCCUCACCUGGGAAUAUUUCAGAAAAAAGCCUCAAAGUCCAAAUUCGGACUUCUCCUCCCGGCAGUUUGGCCUCAGCUGCAAGUAUAACAAAAGACAAACCAACAGCUUCAAAUCUUAGUAAUAAAAAGAAACAAGGUUCAAAAAUUCGCCAACUUUCAACGAGAUCACUUAAAGAAUCGGAAAAAGAACCCGGCAGUUUGGCCUCAGGUGAAACUAUAACAAAAGACAAUAAACCAACAGCUUCAAACCAAAUUCGGGAUUCCCCACUUGGCAGUUUGGCAGAAGAAGGUGAAAUUCCAACUUCCUCACCUGGGAAUAUUUCAGAGAAAAGCCUCAAAGUCCAAAUUCGGACUUCCCCUCCCGGCAGUUUGGCUUCAACUGGAAGUAUAACAAAAGACAAACCAACAGCUUCAAAUCUUAGUAAUAAAAAGAAACAACGUUCAAAAAUUCGCCAACUUUCAACGAGAUCACUUAAAGAAUCGGAAAAAGAACCCGAAAUUUCGGCCUCUGCCCUACUGCUUGUUAGUAAUAAAGAACGAAGACGAACUAAAAGUCGCAUGCAAGUCCUUUCAAAAUCACCUUGAAUUGCCAAUAUCACGUGUACUGUCAAGCAUAAUAAAAGGGUAAUUAAUUCUAAAUUUCGUAAUCGUUGCAACUGUUACAUCACGUGUUUUGUACCUAAUUUUCUCGGUCAAUUCGCAGAAAAAUCA